UGAAAUAUUUUGCUAACAAUUGAGUUAGUUAAAUGAAAUUGGUAUAAGACCCCCAAUCCAUAGAUUUUGCUUUCUAAACUGACUGUAAGAUGUCGACACCUUAUUGAAUAUUUUUCGCCCCAAAUAUCUUCUCAUAUUUUAAAACCUUCUUGACGGAAUCUAAUUUUGUAUCAUUAAUUGGUUAUUAUUAUUUACACUGAUUUCUAAUAAUGUUUCUUCAAUCAAUUUUAUAACCAAAUCAAAUCCUAUUUUAAUUAUAGCCACCCUUUGCUGGCAAAAAAACUAAUCCAUUAUUUAUUUGUUACCUUCUACUUUGGUUAAAGCCUCAGUUAUUUACUUCAAGGUUUAAUCCUUCUUUUUAAAGGAUCGGGAUCAAAUACCUGAUCUGCUACCUUCACUAUCAGCCAUUUUUUGAUUCUUAAUGCAAUCAAGCUUGCAAUUAAGGCUAACCAAUGUCUCAAGCGUCUUCGCAUAAACUGCCAACUAUGCUUUCUGAGGGUGGUGAUGGUGAUAAUUGCAAUAAUGCCAACCUAUUAGGAUGUAAUCUGAAUGAUGAAAACCCGCUCACUGGCAAAAGUAAAACAUCUAAUGACAAUAAUAUCAAGUCAAGUGGAGAAACAUCAAAUAAUUAUGCAUCUUUGACUGAAGCUGUUAUUAGUAAUAAUAGCAGAGAAAGUAGUAACGCGGAUAGUGAUAAAGAUUGGGUUUCUUGUGAGGAUACACAAGAAACAGGUGACUCGAGUCGGAGUGGUGGAGAAGAACGAUCUCCUGUUAGUGAACUGUCUUGUGGAAGUUCAUUUUCAAAUGCAAGUGAAGAUAAGUGGACACCUAUCUCAGGUCCAAUGCAAUGGAUUCAACAGCAAAUUUGUCAAGGAACCGAUCCAAGAGAGGUUUUACGUGAGGUUUUACCUGAAACCUUAGAUCAUUUGCCUCCACGAGUUGACAAUUUAGUCCUUUGGAAGAUUCUACUUAAUUUAUUUGCUGAGCCUCCACAACGGAAGAAGCAACCACACGUCAAUACACUUGAUGACGUUGUUGAAUUAAUUAAAAAAUGUAAAAAUAUUAUUGUUUUGACUGGUGCUGGUGUCUCAGUAUCCUGUGGAAUACCUGAUUUUCGAUCUGCAAAUGGUAUCUAUGCUAGAUUGAUAGAAAUAUUUCCCGAACUUCCAGAUCCCCAAGCAAUGUUUGACAUUGAAUAUUUUCGUGACGAUCCAAGACCUUUCUUUAAAUUUGCCAAGGAAAUUUAUCCUGGACAAUUUCAACCUUCAAUAGCUCAUAAAUUUAUUAAACUCAUCGAAGACAAGGGUAAAUUGCUGCGAAAUUACACUCAAAAUAUCGAUACUUUAGAAAAAGCUGCUGGAAUUGAGAAAGUUAUUACUUGUCAUGGAUCCUUUGCUACAGCAACAUGUACGGUAUGUGGAUAUAAAACAAAUUCAGACGCUAUCAAAGAGGAUAUAUUUGCACAGCGAUUACCAUUGUGUCCCAAAUGUCCUGAAGACGCUGAUCCUACACCUGUUAUUAAACCUGACAUUGUUUUCUUUGGUGAAAGCCUGUCGAGUGAGUUUCAUGACUCAAUGGCUAUGGACAAAGAUAAAUGUGAUUUACUCAUUGUGAUGGGCUCAUCAUUGAAAGUACGACCAGUAGCUUUAAUUCCAACUGCAAUCCCUCCCGAAGUACCUCGUAUAUUAAUCAACAGAGAAUCUUUGAAACACAUUUGUUUCGACGUUGAAUUACUUGGUGAUUGUGACGAUGUGGUACAACAAAUAUGUCGUAAAAUUGGUGGAGACUGGCUUUCUAUAUGUAAAGAAGAACCUAAUAAUGCAUCCGCUGAUAAAAAAGAAGGAACCUCAAAUGGUACAAAUAAAAAUAGUGAUAUAGACUCAUUCGAGUCAAAUUCUGAUUCUUCUAAAUCAUCACCUCCAAUUUCACCAGUGGGCCCAGUUAAAGAGGAAUCAGCUUCAAUGUUAUCAAUGCCUGAUGAUGAUUCAAUGGAAGCUGGACCAAGUCAUGCCUCUCAUAAAUACCUAUCUUAGAUUAACCCUGGUUAGGUUUUUAUCAUGUCUCCUUUCUAUCUCUCUAAUUUCAUUUCAUUUAACUCUACCAAUACAAACUUCACUUUCUUGAAAUUAAUUAUAUUGAUACGUUUCAUCAUCGCCAUCAAUAAUUUGAAUGAAAGUUUAUCAUAAAAAGUUCAAUACACCAUCUUUUCAUCACUGGUCCGAUUCAAACAAUAAAUUCUGUUUCCAAUUCAUUUUAAAUAUCGACGUUGAUGGCUAAUGGACAUUCAAGACAAAAGAUAAACUUUUUUAUUCAAUCAUUUGUGACCAGCUGAAAAACAGCCAUUCUAAUGUUCUGUGUACAAUCUAAACAUGAACAUGCUCUAUUAUGAGUUACAUGCAUUUUCUUUUGAAUAUUUCACAUACACUGUUCUCAUUUUUCCAAAUCGCCUGAGUUUUACCUGAUCCAGCUAUAAGUUGCUCUCUCACACACACACAAGCAAGCAAACCGUACAAAUCAAUUCAAAAAGUACCGAGACCACUUUUUAUCGCUAUUUCUAUUCCAAUUGGCCUUGUUUUCGGAUUAAAUCAAAACUUCAGUUGGAUGUAACUUUUGAUUAAGCAUCAUCAUUAUCAAUUCAAUUUAUCAUCAACAAUUAUCUCAUCAACUCAACAUGACCCAAUGGUAGAGAAACAUCAUUGAUUCAUCCUCGAUCUUCAUUUUUGAAUAUCAACCUAAUUAUACCGAUGGGUUGAAUUUUAUCCCAAGAUACUCUGGAUACUUUCUAUUAUUUAAACACAAAGAAUACUUCUUCCAUUUAAUAUCUAAAAUCCUCGGGCUUAUUUGAAACCAAAUUUUUCCUCUUAAAGUAUAUAAUUUUGAUUAACGGGAUAUGAAAGAUCUCGUUAAAUUUUAUCCUAAAUUAUUAUUACUAUUCUUCAAGCCUGUUUCAAUUAUUCUUUCCACUGUUUGGCCAAAUAAUCGAUCUUAACAUUUAGGCCUUUUUGUGGAUGAAAGGAUAAUAACUUACAAUCUUUGUUUAAACAGAAUUGUCAAACUUUUUAAAUCUUGAAAUACAAAGUUGAAACAACACUGUUGUUUAAUUGAAUUGACUCUUCAUAAAAUAAUGAAGUAAUCAUUAAUAUUAUGUAUCAAACACAAAAUUCGAAAAAAAUCUUGUAAAAAUAAUAAAGAGUAGCAAAUCGUUGUUGUAUCGCUACUAUUGUU